GCGUCUAUUGCGUGGACAUGAAGUUCGCAUCCCUGAUCCUGCGCUUGUUUUCUUUCCUGCGUUCCGCCCGCUCUGCCCGUCCGCCAGGCCCAUCCUCUGGCCACACCCGCGGCUUCAGCACGUUCCACAACCAGUCGGGAUACUCUUCGUCGGGCUUCGCGAGGACGGGUGCCUGUCCCUUCAGGUAGUUCACCCCAACUAAUACGGUGUCCGGCGUGCAAGACGAAGGAGCGUUGGCUGGUGGUUGAGGACGGCAGUCAAAACUCGGAUCCGCGUUGGAGAGGGAGACACGCACGGUUCGAUGCUUUGGCAGGCGCAAGUUUUGACGCGUAGGCGCGCGACCUGAAAGCAGGUUGCGCCGCGAGCAGCGUGCGGCGGAGGAUGGGAGAGAGUCCAGGAAAAGACAUUUCGAAUUUGAAUCGCUUGCUUGCAAGUUGCCAAAACUCUCCCGGGCCUGCCCCACACAACUUCCUUACCCCUCUCGGCGCGCUCUGAAUAUGUCCUCUGCUCUGACGGCACAAGAAGCCAAGCCACGCGGGGCAAACCGAUCAACCAAGGCAGCGGGAAAGCUCAAGGUGCUCCCUGAGCAACCAGACGAGGUUGCCAACCGCACGCUAGACGCCGUUGGCCCAGUAGGCCUCAAGGAAAUUGCAGAGGCAGAUGGAAGCACGGGGACCACCGGGGACUCUGAUGAAGCUGACGUCGAAGACGACGACGAGCCCGAGGUCUACAACCAGCUAUCCCUCAUCCCGGACGGGACGGCCAAAAGAGAUGCGCGUAAGCUGACGAAGGCAAAGGCCAAGUCGCUCCCCAGAGUCACCGCGUACUCGACAGCCAGUUCGUAUCGCAUGAAGCCAUUACUAGAGUUCUUGAAUGCGAGAAGGACCGCGUACAGCACGAACGCGAAGGUCAUCGACGAAUGCAUAUACACGCCUUACAUGUACAGACCGUCGACUGCCAGCGACCGUAGCUCUACUCUGAUGGGGUCAUCUCCUCCUCCGAAGGCUCAGUCGCAGACCGGCGACUUGCUCGGGAUCCCCGAGCUGCAUCAAGAGGAUGAAGAGUCGCAGGAACCGAGUAGAAAACGGAGCAAGUUCGAUACUACGACGGCGGAAGCCGAGAUAUUCCUCUUCGAGUACGGGACAGUCGUGAUCUGGGGGAUGACAGAGGCGCAAGAGAGACGUUUCUUGUCCUCGAUCAAGCGAUUCGAGAAUGAGCGGCUUCCUGCGGACGCGAUAGAAAUGGAGGACUUGAACUUCUAUUACGCGAACUACAGUCGUAUCUACAACGACGUGAUCACGCUUAGAAAGGGCUCCAGCUAUAUGACGAAGCUUUCGCUGUCUCAUGCGUUGGCGCAGUCUGUCAAGAUAUCUCUAUUUGAACAGCUUAUAUCAUCUAAUAUCGAAGAGACGAAGGAUAUACCUGAGAUAAUAGCUACCAGCGGCAAAGUUGGCAUGCCUCACAAAGAAAUCAUGCAGAAAAUUGGACAGCUGUUUUUGUUGAGGACCAACAUCAACACUGUCGGAUCCGUCCUGGACUCACCGGAAGUCUUUUGGAGUUUUCCCGACCUGCAGCCCUUGUACGAGGCUGCGAGGAGCUAUCUAGAGAUACCUCAGCGAAUCAACCUGCUGAAUACUCGGGUCGAAGUUCUCCAAGAUCUGCUAGAUCUGCUGAAGGAGUCUGUUUCGAGUCGGCAUUCCGAGCGGCUGGAAGAAAUCGUGAUUGCGCUGAUCGCGAUUGAAGUCGUGCUGGGCAUCGUCACUAUCAUGGUUGACUUGAUGGCUUAGGUCGCCUCCGUAUCUCCAGUAUGAGGCUGUGCAACUAAUAUGUAAUCACUCGGACUAUUUUUGCACUUACGCAGACUAAGUAAUUAGUAGGAUAAUAUGACGAGUGUUUUUUCCUGCGACCGACGGGAGCGAGCCGCGCGCUCCUCGGAGGCCCCACACGGAUCUGCCAAGAAGCAUGCAUGCGAUUGACUUGGAGUUUGACUUGUGCUCGAAGCUCAUUCACAGCACGGCGAGCCUUCUCCGAGUUGCACGCGAUCACGUGAUGAUGUUCAACCCCCGUUCCGAAAGGCGCUAUCUCGAGCCUAUAGGGUGUGGUAUAUGUUUGCGAGUCUUUUUACAGGGUAUUUGGAUCUACUAGGGGUUCGAAAAGCUUGAUCAUGGUUUAACCUCUCGCACAUGACCCUUCGCGCUCCGUGGGUCCGUGAGAACUGGAGAGGCUAUUUCUCUCUCGGCGCCUGAGGGAGAGAAAGAAAAGAAUAAAAAAUCUCGUUAAUAAACUCCAGCGGCAAACCGCCGAAGGAGCUGCUCGUCAGUCGGAUUUCUUCGAUUUCGCUGGGAAUGUUUUUGGAGAUAUUCUAGGGGUACGAGCCCUGAGGACAUCAUGAAAGCCGCGCGUUUCGGAGACGAGGGUGGGAGGGGUAGCAGGAGCUUGGGGCUGCCGCUGCUGCUGGGGAACACCGCUCUGAGGGUCCCGCGGAACCUUGUCUGUGCCGCCGGGACAGGGUUGAACGUUGCCAUCAUAUCACAGCCCGCUGCCAGUGGGGACGUGGGAGAGCUCACCCGGCCGGGCUCGGACGGACGGUUAUGCUGCUGCUGCUGGUCAAUGCCUCCUCCCAAUGCCCGAUUCUCGCGGCGAGUCUUCGUAGCACGCGCGCUCCUGAACCAGCCAUCAGGAACCGGCAUGUCGAGGUAUCGUAAAUCGUCAAUGGUAUCUAGCUCAUUUAAGGUUUCUUGAUUGAAGUAGGCCGCUGGGGGAAGUAGAGUCAGUCAGCCGGUGAUCGUGCCUCGCGGAGCGAGGUGACUCGGAAGCAGGGGUGGGAGGCUCACUCAAAUGCCACUUGCGCACCAUCCCGCAUGGUCGAUCCUUCGGCAGUGUUACAAUCACGCUGUAUGUUUGUUUGUGCAGUCGCUGCAGUUUCCGGGAAACGCCGCACGCCGCUGCCCCGCGCGCAGACCGUUUCCUGGACUCGAGCAGUGAGGCGGGCUCGGACAGCACAAGCGGGCGGGCCG